AUGAAUACUGUUGCUGAAUCAUAUCCAACCAGCAGACCAUUAAAGUCAAUGGAUCAUCUGGAUGACUGGACUCCACUUCAAGAUCCAUUUGGUCGCUGCACUCUCCCACUUCAACAACGGUGUAUUCAGCGUCUGAACAAAGCUGCACAUUACCAAUCAGCUUUACAAAACUGCAAUAGUAUAAAUGCAACCAAUAUUAAAAAAGUUGCUGUAUGUCAUGAUAUGUGUGGUGGAUACGAUAUCCACCAAGAUGCCUUGAUUCAAGGCAACUAUGGCUUGAUAAAUGAUGUUCAUCAACCCAUUUAUACCAUUCAGUACUGGCAGUACAUUGAUGAAUUUAUAUAUUUCAGUCAUGCUCGAUUUAGCAUUCCUCCUGUGGCUACAUUCAUCACUGAAUGGGAAGACGGGAUACUAGAAACAAUGAAGCUUAUAUAUGGUCCAGCGUAUACUCCAGACAGUCCCAAUUCAGCAAUGAAAUUCUCGCCUCAUUAUGCUGACAAGAUGGUGGAGCUUGCACUGUACUUUGGGUUUGAAGGCUGGUUCAUCAAUAUCGAGUCGGAUCUUUCAUCGCCCUUGCAUGCUGAAACCAUGGCACACUUUUUAUCUUACCUAACAGCUCAAAUGCAUAGUCGAGUUCCAGGAGGCCAAGUCAUGUUUUAUGACUCGCUAACCAGGUCGGGAAAAAUGUUUUUUGAUGCGUGUGAUUCGUUAUUUACAAACUAUACAUGGAAACAGGAAGGUCCUUGUAAUAGUGCUGAGCUUGCAUCAUCACAUGGACAAUCUCCGUCACGUAUUUAUACGGGAAUUGAUGUAUGGGGAAGAAAAACCUAUGGUGGUGGUGGAUUUAAUGUCCAUAAAGCGUUGAAAGUGAUUCAAAGUGCGGGUACUUCGUGUGCGCUUUUUGCUCCUGGAUGGACAUACGAGUAUAUGCGAAAGACGCCAUUCAAACAGGUUGAAGAGCGAUUUUGGUGCAAUGUAGAUGUAGAUGUGAUUGAUCCCGAGCAAACAAAUAGUAUUGCUGAGCAAAAAACAAUGGACCCCGAUUGGGUUAAAGAUGCUAAUGAGCUUAAACCGGUCGAGAUUAAAAAACGAGGGACAAUGAUUGAUGCAGAUGACGUCGGAUGUGUAGCAGACUAUAUCUCGCCGCGUCCAGCUGCUUGUCAGUCCAUCUUAUACAACUCACCUUUAAUAGAACCACUACAAUGGUUUUAUUCGUGCUUUGAUCAAGGAUUUGGAACAAACUAUUCUAUUCAUGGAAAGGCUGUUUUUAAUGCAUCAUGGUCACAUAUUGCAAGUCAAAGUGUUCCACCAACCCAUCGUACAAAGACAUCGCGGUAUAUAGUAAAAUGUCCCAUUUUACCUUUACCUUUGCACUCCAAAACGGUACAACCACCAUCAACUGUUGUUGAAAGGAUUGCAUUUCAAAAUAUACCUGGAUCUACUCAAACAAGUGACGUGGUGACUGGAAACGCAUGGCUGGGUGGAUCUAUCUUGAAAUUACAAGCCACACUUUCAUUUACAGAAUUACAUCCACAAUCCAGUUCACAUCACACCGUUACUGGGUAUCUUUUUCAAGUAUUUGACCUUGACAUGGACUUGCAAUCUAAAGUAUACGUUCGUGUGCGAUACACUAUGGAUUUUACUAGCGACUGCUUACCACUACAAAACAAGUUUGACAAUGAUGGCAUGCUUGCAUUAUCAAUCCAUCACCCACAUUAUGGAACUCGACUUAUUUAUGCAACAGAGACUCACAAACUACAAGUAGAUGCCUUACUUUGGCACACAACGGUAUUCCAGAUCGGUGAUGGUGUAAUACCAUCCAGUAAACAGACAUGUCCAUUUACACUUGGAGUGGUCAUGAUCCCAUUCAAAACGCCUUUAAUGGAACACGCAAACUUUGCUCACGAAUGCUGUAUGACUGUACAGGUUGGUGAGAUAUUUAUAUCUCCUUUGUUUCCAUUGCUCACAGUUGAUAUGGCUUCCGAAUCGAUUCAAACCCGUUCCAUCACAGUAAAUAACGCGCAGGUCAGUACCGAUUCACGCCAUAUGUGGAUGACGAUUACAUGGGAGUACGAUAUCAGAGUAGAGGAGACUUUUACACAGAUUCCAUACAUGGGUCGAUGUGAAGUGUUUAUGGAUGGCACGUAUUUGGGAAGUGCGUUUAUUGGCAUGUAUCGGAUCAGUAUCCCACUUGAUCUAUCCAAUGCCGAUUAUUGUCAGAUUCGAGUUGUGGGGAUUGAUGCCAGUGGUAAUACACGAUAUACUGCUACUGAAUUGAUUACGAUUCCUUUUAUUCAAACAAAAUGUAUUGAAUAUUCAAGAGUAUCCUGCUGUGAUGAGCAAUCUGUCAAGCAUUGA